AUGAUUGCUUCGGAGAGAACACUAUACACUUUCGAGUGUUCGGGGCUAUUUGGAAAGCGUGACAAGCAUCGUCAGGAUACGACAUCGUUCAAUCCGAGUGAAGAACACUCUCAGUCAUGCGACAUCAUCGGUGGUGAGUCCUUUAGUUUCUUAGAGUCUUUAGGGGACAAUAGAGAGUACUUCUGAGG